UAAGCCGAGUCAGGCGCAGCUUGAACACACGCAUAUUUCAAAUUUGAACGCUAGUUGCUUAAAUAGCAAACACACCCAAAAAUGGAUGUUUAUUCAUUUGAAAAGUCAUUUCUCGAACGCCUUAAGGAAGCAGAAGCUGUUUUAUCGUGGGAUGGCGCCGCGAUGCCCGCCUCGCAGGUGCGCUCUGAGUGGAAGUCCUAUGUCGAGUUGAAAAUUGAGCCAACAGGCUGGCAGGCGAUGUGGAAAAUACCGCGCGUCAUCUGCGAGGAUUUAAAGUUACGCUUUCCGACCAUUGUCUUUGGCUAUGUGGAUCAGGUUAUAUUCGAUGAACUGAAGGCGGUGUUUGUAGUGACGGCUGUGCAGGAUCAGGACGUGCACUUGCCGGAAAGCAACGAGGUGUCACUAAUUGAACUAUGGCCUACGUUACAACAGGAGAAUCCAGCUUUGAAUGUGGACACCACAGCGGAAUGCAUUGAUCGCCUGCGUUUCUUCUAUUCGCAUGUGUGGAUGCCAUGGGACAAGGACUACGAUGACGAUCGCGAUUGGGUUCAAAUGCAUUUGCAGGCGCGCAUUCAGCUGGCAUGUGAUUUAAGCAAAAACCGAUUGCCGCGUCCAUUAGCUCUCCAUAUGCGUACUUUGUUGAUGGAAGCACGUUAUAUUCAGCAGCGAUUGGAAUACCUUGAACUGGAUCUAAGUGAUGCCGAAGACGAGAGCGAUGAUGAAGCCGUCGAGUUAAACGACAAUGCUGCCGAUCCUCCGAAGAAGUAUUCCAAAACGAACGGAAGCCCUAAAUCAAAUAACUUGAAUAAGUCCUUGUUACCUGUUACGGAUCUGAUGUGUCUCCACCUACGCCUGGCCAUUAUUCGUAGCGAGUUUGAAAUACUGGAGAAUCCCGAGAUGCGACGCGCAUACAGUGAACUUCAAAGCAAUGUGUUGAAGCGUCAUUUGCUGCAGCGCAAUCCAGGAGCGGCUGGACAGCCGACGGAGCCUGUGGAGCGUUCGCAAAUGUGCCACUUGGUGAUAGUGCCGGGCGAGCUUCAGACUCAGAUUAAGCUGCUGACGCAGGCCGAAAAGCAUGUAAAACCGCAUAUAAAAGUGCAACUGGGAAACACCUUGCAGGACGUGCUGGGCAUUUCGCAGGCAAAGGAUGACAUUCUGCUAUCGCCAGGACAGCACACAAUCAAGUUUCUGGAACACCUUAAUGACAAUGGCAGUAUACAGGGACUUGUGGCAGCAGAGACAAUCAUUGCAUCCAACCAAGAAAUGUCCAAACUUCCAGUUAUUUGUUCAAGUGAUGAGGACAGCACCUUAAUGGUCAUCGACGGUGACUAUACAUUGUCCCAUCUAGUGUUGGACUGCCGUCAUGUGCGACGAGGCAUUCUGUUGCGAGAUGGAACGCUGACACUACGCAACUGUCGUAUGCUGGGCGAUGGCAGCUCGAGCACUCAGGAGGCCAUUGUCUGCAUGCCACAGGCCAAACUUGAAAUGGAGAAUUGCGUGCUUGAGAACUUUGCCGUUGGCAUUUCAUUGCGACCUGAAACGAGCGCGCAAUUAAGCAAAGUGACCAUUAGAAAGUGCAACACGGGAUUAGAAUUGUUGGACCAAUCAAUCAAGUUGAAGCUGCUGGACAGCAAUUGCAAUUUCGAUACUUGUAAACUAGGCAUAUUGGCGGAUGGCAUAGCUAUGCCCAAUAACACUGAAAAAACACUGGCUCUGAAGCGUUUUAGCGAAUUACAAAGAUACAAUGAAGACAACUGGCUUGGUAAUUGCACUUUUAGUAACUGUCUGCGUAAUGUACGGGCUUACAAUCAAUCGGAGCAGCUGCUAGCUAAGCGCACACAUCAAAGUCUCUUGUUGGACGAGCUGGAUGGGGAGAACAAAGAAAAUAUCAUCAUUUAGUUUAAGGACAGGCAAUUUAAAUCGUACAAUAAAAAUUCAAGCAAUUAAAUGCUUUUUUA